AUGGUACAUCUACGAACAGAUAUUGGUGCAACCAACCCUAACGCACCAAUGCAUCCCGAGGAGAACAGCACAUAUUCCAAGGACCUUACCUGCGAUGUCCUCAUUGUCGGUGCCGGUUUCGGUGGUGUCUACCUCCUACACAAGCUCCGUGAUGAGGUCGGUCUCAACGUCAAGAUCUUCGAAGCCGCAAACGAGCUUGGUGGUGUCUGGCGAUGGAACUGCUACCCAGGAGCCCGCGUCGACACACAAGUCCCCAUCUAUGAAUACUCGAUCGAGAAAGUCUGGAAGGACUGGACAUGGACUCAGAAGUACCCUGACUUCAAUGAGCUCCGUGAUUACUUCAUUCACGUUGAGGAGACUCUUGAUAUCAAGAAGGACGUCAGCUUCAACACCCGUGUCAUUGGCUCUCAAUUCGAUGCCGAGUCAAACACUUGGGAAGUCAAGACUGAGGACGGCCGCACUGCAAAGUGCAAGUACCUGAUCAACGCCAUCGGCUUUGCAGCCAAGCGUCACUUCCCUGACUGGAAGGGUCUUACUGACUUCAAGGGCGAGCUUCACCACAGUUCUUUCUGGCCCGACGAGGGCGUCAAUGUCAAGGGCAAGCGUGUUGCCGUCAUUGGCACAGGCAGUACCGGUAUCCAGAUCGCCCAGGAGACAGCAAAAGAUGCUGCUAGCGUCACCGUAUUCCAGCGCACUCCCAACCUUUGCCUGCCCAUGCGUCAACGCGACCUUACCAAGGAGGAGCAGCAAAACGCCAAAGCAGAGUACCCCGAGAUCUACCGCAACCGUCUCACCACCUUUGCCGGAUUCUCAUACGACUUUGUCGAGAAGAACACAUUCGACGACAAUGAGGAAGAGCGUGAGAAGUUCUACGAGGAGCUGUGGUCAGAGGGUGGCUUCAAGUUCUGGCUGGCAAACUACAAGGAUCUCUUGUUCGACAGCAAGGCCAAUGACCAAGCUUACAACUUCUGGGUGAAGAAGACAAGAGCCCGUAUUGCUGAUCCUCGCAAGCGUGACAUCCUCGCUCCUCUCAAGGCUCCUCACGCAUGGGGAACCAAGCGUCCUUCUCUGGAGCAAAACUUCUACGAGUUGAUGGACCGAGCUGAGAACGAUGUUGUCAACGUCAGGGAGACACCCAUCACAGAGUUCACAGAGACCGGUAUUGUUACCAGCGACGGUAAGCUCAGAGAGUUCGACAUUAUCGCUCUCGCUACUGGCUUCGACUCCGUUACUGGCGGCAUGAAGAACAUGGGCCUAAAAGAUACCGAAGGCAAGGACUUGGCCGAGAGAUGGAAGAACGGUACUUGGACGUACCUUGGUAUGACCUGCAACGGUUUCCCUGUAAGCAUACUCUCAUUUUCGUCCAACCAUACAGCAUUACUGACCAACGUUAUANNGAACAUGUUCUUCCUGUACGGCGCCCAAGGUCCCACCGCCUUCAGCAACGGACCCACCUGUGUCGAAGUCCAAGGCGACUGGAUCGUCGACGCCAUUGCCACAAUGCAAAAGACUGGCAAGAAGACCAUCGAAGCCACAAAGGAUGCAGAGACCAGCUGGCACACACUCGUUACCGAGCUCUCAGACAAGACACUGUUCCCUGGCACUGAGUCGUGGUACAUGGGCGCCAACAUCCCUGGCAAGCCGAGAGAACAGCUCAACUUNCCUGGGGGUUUCCCCAUGUACGAGAAGGAAUGUAGAAACGCACUUGAUGGCUGGAAGGGCUUUGUUGUUGCUUGA